AUGGACCGACCUGGGCACCUCCUGGAAGAUAAGGCUCUAGCCAAUUUCCUUGGUCUCGAGGAUGUGGGCUUUGACAGUGGUAAUGAUAUCAAAGUCGAGGGGGAGGAGCGAUCCAAACCCAGCACACCUGUGCGUGGGGAUAUUCCCCAUCCGACACCUAAUCCGUUCCCCGAACGUAGUGCCACGACUGCGCUAACAGCGCUGGGAGCAAUGUCCCCCAUGGAUACAUCCGGCAUCACUAACCCGCUUGACGAGGAGCAACAACGCAUGCUUGAUCAAGCAGCAAGCGCACGGAGCAACGUCACGCCAUACUUUGGCAACAUGGGCUACCGCCCCGAGACAAAAACGCCCACUGAGCUCGAAUGCCUCAAGGCUCUUCGAGAGAAGUGCUUGGAACCUACUUUGAUGACUAUGAGUCAAUACAGAGAACGGCUGCAAAGCAGGCCCAAGGAACACCGGCUUAACGAAUUAGGGGUUAACCCAUCAUUAAGUCCGAAGAUGGGGACGGAACUGCGGAUGGCAAUAUGUUCAUCCGCUGAGUGCAUGGCGUUCGACGCCUCAGUAGCAUGCACGCGCUACGCGAAAGUGCCAGUGUGGCAGACGUUCGUCUAG